GUUACUCCAUAUUUUUAUAUUGGCAGUGUAGAUACGUUUGAACGAUCUCUGGCAGCCGCGCAACAGCAUCUUGGCAUUAAUCCGGAAAAUCAAGUCACCGUUAUUUAUAAUCCGGUCGAUACAACGUCCGUGAUUAGCAGUUUAAUCCCUGUGGCCAUAUUGUUUUUGCUAGCGUGGCCUAUCAUCAGAAUGUUCUUUAGCUCAAGGCGAUCAUCAGGCGGUCGUGGCGGAGCGAAUCCUUUCGGUGGUGGAGGGCCGUUUAAUAUGUUUGGAUUUGGACAAAGUACAGCAAGAGUGAUCAAUAAAAAUGAUAUCGAUGUAAAGUUCAGUGACGUUGCUGGUUGUGAAGAAGCGAAAAUAGAAAUAAUGGAGUUCGUUAAUUUUUUGAAAAAUCCAGAGCAAUAUAAGAAACUUGGUGCUAAAAUACCUAAGGGCGCAAUUCUAACUGGUCCACCAGGCACUGGUAAGACACUGUUGGCUAAAGCGACUGCUGGUGAAGCAAAUGUGCCGUUCAUAACAGUCAGUGGUUCAGAAUUUCUGGAAAUGUUUGUGGGCGUUGGUCCAGCGCGUGUUAGAGAUAUGUUCUCUAUGGCUCGCAAAAAUGCACCCUGCAUAUUAUUUAUCGGUGUGUUUUUUACUAUCUUUCUAUUCUUUUAA